UCAAAACAAAACGGGAUAAGAGAUCUGCCUUCAUAAUUCAUCAGUAUCCCCUUUCACCACUCUAUGAAUAAUUGAGUUCACAGGGAAGGACUGAUGACAUCUCAUUCACAGAAGCCUGACAGAAUGAUUUCAGGGUUUGGCUUGGGGGGGGGGGGGUGUCUCAUGAAUAACGAAACAAAGUGCAAAGGGAGCGAUCGUCUUCCAUGGACAGUUUGCAUCACUACUGACAACAGCAAUGGAUCGUAUUGUUCCUGAAAUAUACUUGGAAUACAGAUCUACAUCACAGUGGAAAUGGGGACAGUUUAGAAAUCUGAAUAAAUGCAUUAUAUUCCACGCUGGGCAUUCUGUUUCUACUGUCUCUGGGAAGUGGCAGAUAGCAAAGACACUACAUAGUUCAGUUUUUAAAAUCAAAUUGAAAUUGUGUUCAUGUCAUUUACAAUCACAUCUCUGUUUAUCAAUGGAGGCCACAUCAGUUUAUAAAGCUGUGUGGUAAUGUUUGUUUCUAUUCUGCCAACUAAUUGUACAAAUUACAAUACAUAUUAUAUUAUAUUACCUGAUAUUAUAUUAUAUUACAUUAUAUUAUAUAACAGUCUUCAUGCCAAGGCAUCCCAGGGCGCUUCACAAUUUAAAAUUUAAAAAAUCCCUAAUGAACUUGUAGUUAUAAUUAGUUACAACAGGACACUAAGGGCCCAUCUUCAAUCUAGACUGAAAUGAUUCAAUUGUGCUCAUUUUCAGGACACCAAUUGGGAUUGAAUGUGUGCUUAGGGAAUGCCUUGAAAGAUAGAGAAUAAGAGGUCCUGGAAGAUAAGAAGACCCCAAACCACGAAGGACCUUCUAGAUAGUAAGAAUAGCUUUAAAAUCAAAACGAAAACUCACAGGAAGCCAGUGGAGUGAUCAGAUUUAAUUGCUGAGUGUGAGUAAGCAUUCUAGCAGCAGCAUUCUAAGCCAGCUGAGUGGAACAGAGGGUUCAGCUAGCAGCCACCAUCCUAAAGCUGGGGGAACAGGAAGCCACUGCACUACAGUGUGAACAUUUUGAAUAUUUUGAAUGUAUUACGAUGCAUCUGCAGAGCAGCAGUUUGGAGCAUUGUGACUGUAGACAAUAGAGGUAUGGAACAAAAGAGGAGACAUGUUCAUCCAAUUCUCAAAGGGAAGAGUGUGCUUUGAAAUAUCGAGAUGGAGUUACAUAACCCCUCCGGGAAGGGAGGGCUUGAGUGAAAAUAGAAUGGUUAGGCGUAGGUUUAGUAAGAUGUAUGCACAGGCAUCGGAAAAAAAUCCCUCUUGGUUUCCAUCUCUCUCUCAUAAAUAACUAAUAGGUACGCAGCUGUGUAACAUUCUCUCUCAUGCAUGUCCUGCUUAUAUGUUUCAGUUUAGAUUGCCUUUCUUCUGUAGUUCUUGAGCAGUUUCAUCCGCAUGAAAUAAAGAAAUGCACCUCCUAAUUGCUGCUCAGACUGAUGCUAUUGUUUUGUGACCCAUAGAUAUAAUUGUCAGCAAGAAGCUCCCGGCAGUGAGAUUAGCUGUGUGCAGCUGCUCAGCAUUAUCUGCAUUUGCAGUGUGUCGUCAAGCACUGCACUCAUGGACCAAGUGCAAAGCAAUCAUACUGCAUGGAGAAAGCAAAUGAUUUGAACAGUGUAGAACUAGUAAGACUUUACUUUGUCAUGCAAAUAAUUGUCUCUUGCUAGUUUUAUACCUCUAUUAGUACAAUUACUAAUGGAUUUUUUCACUUACACAAAAAAGGCUUGUAGACUUUUAUAGCAACAAUAACUUUCAGUGCUUGUGGGCAGAAAAACAUAUCUACCUAUAACAAAAACAAGAAGUCAUUGAAUGAAUAGCUGUCAUUGACCUACACUGGAAUAAAUGAAAGUUGUGUUUUUCCCCACUUAUUGCAGCAAUUAUGACAGGAGAUGAUAUUGACAUUUCCUGCCUAUGAAUUAUGGAAUCAGACUGAAGGGAAAUAUUCUGACUGAGAUCAAAAGUGCCUCUCUGCUGGAGAUGGCUGGGUGGCAUUCGAAAGCUUAACCUGAAGGUUGCUGGGGAAGUCAUUGGUAUUCAGGAAUGGCAUUUAGAUAAGAGGUUUUAUUUGUGUUGUUUUGUUUUUUUUAAUGGCUAUGCAGGUUCGCUCAUAGCGAGACUGCUAAAGGGCAACAUAUGCUAAAUAUUCCUAAUUGAAGACACACAUGUUUUAUUUAGGCUUUGCAGAGUAAUAUGAACCUAUUCAAAAGGCAGCUGUUUUUGUACAGUAUCAGAAACAUGCUGCUCGUCGUUAUCAACAGAUUAUAUGGAAUUGGUGCAGAAAGAGGGGCCACGCUCUUUACCUGGUGCAGAAAGACGGGCCACGCUCUUUACCUGGUGCCGAAAGACGGGCCACGCUCUUUACCUGGUGCAGAAAGACAGGCUAAAUGCGAUUCUUCUAUGGCCCUAACCCUAAACCUAAUGUUAAGGUAGGUGGGUGUGUCUUGAAAUUAAAAACAGAUUUAAAUCUUAAAUUCAGUAUUGAAUAUCUCUCAGUUGGACCGUCUCUGAAAAGCCUGGCCCGUCUUUCUACACUGGUUUCUUUCCACACCUACGUCGAUUUUUCUUUGCAGCAAAAGAGUUAGAGGCACUAACAAAGCCCCCCACUCCCCCCACCCAUGCCUUGCUAUCAUUUACUUCAUACCGUAUUGUCUCACCAGUGUACUAACUGGAAGAAUACAAUAACACUGUGCAGUAAGACCUGUUCGAGAGUAACCACAUUUCAUCUACUUUAAGACAAUCACAUUAGUUUCCCAAGCUGUUUGAGACUGAAGUCUGCUCUGAGACUUCAUAAUACUUUCUAUGUGGUGCAUUUACUUGAUUUAAGUCUAUACUGAGCUCUCCUUUUUAAAUGAGCUUUCUCUAAGAGCCCUGCAAUGAUAUUAGGGGAUGCGAGAUGUCAGCAUGCAGGGUAUAAACUUGCUAGACUUGCGUUGCAGGGAGAUAUGCCUGUUCAAAUCCAGAAUUAAAACGUGUACAUUUGCUAACAUUAAGAAUCCAGUACAGCUGAUUCCUCUGAGUCCCACAGCUUAUUUCUGAAUAUAAACAACUAUAUCAGGCUUCAGAAUGCCAAACGGCAGCAGCAAAGGGUGUUGUGAAAUGUACCUCGAUCAAGCCUGUCUUACGCAGUCUCAGUUCACUUCCCAAGCCUUCCCAUUCAGAGCCUUGAACUAAUUAUUCCCCCAGUCUGGCCCUUGAAUCCCCUGCUGUUGUCACUCUUUCAAUCGGAUGCAGAGUGUGAAAUAUCACCCGCGGUCUGGACCCUAAUUAAUGAGGACAAUUGAAGGAGACGACGCUCCACGGGACACAGAAACCUGAACCGGCACUUCAUCACAGAUGAAAAUAGUCUGCAAGGAUGUAACUGCAGAAACGCUGUAUGACGUCCUGCACGACACCAGCUACCGUAAAAAAUGGGACUCCAACAUGAUUGAUACCUACGACAUUGGAAGGCUGACAGUCAAUGCUGACGUGGGCUAUUACUCCUGGAGGUGCCCGAGUCCGCUGAAGAACAGAGAUUUCAUCACCCUGCGAUCUUGGCUUCCUCUAGGCGGUGACUACAUGAUUAUUAACUACUCUGUCAAGCAUCCUAAAUAUCCCCAAAAGAAAGACUAUGUGAGAGCUGUGUCAGUGCAGACAGGCUACCUGAUCAAAUCCAACGGUGUCAACAGCACGCUCUUCUACAUGACACAGGUGGACCCCAAAGGUUCCUUACCAAAGUGGGUGGUGAAUAAAGUAUCUCAGUUUGUGGCUCCAAAGGCAAUGAAGAAGAUCUACAAGGCCUGUCUGAAGUACCCCGAGUGGAAGCGGAAGCACAACCCCCACCUAAAGCCCUGGCUGUACCCCGAGCAGAACACCCUGCCCAGCAUCAGCCCGGCCGAGCUGUCCCUGCAGCACGCGGACUCGCUGGAGAACAUCGACGAGAGCGGGCUGAGCGAGGAGAGGGGGCACAUCAGCGACGAGGAUGACAGCUACUCCAAAGAGUCCUAAUGUGAGCACGGUCAGCUCACUGAGCGUGCAAUACUGAGCCUGAUCACAGGGCAAUAACCCCAGCAGAGCCACUCCAUACCGGAGCCCCACACAAUCACUGCAGAUUACCCCAGGAGCCCCAACGACAAGCCCAUACACAUCCAUACUGAAAAACACUUACUGAACAACAUGUACAAUAAAACCCUCCGAGCCACAGUCAUUGACCUUGUUAGUAUCCCAAUACAAUUAUACUGAGCCACUGCACUUAAAUACUGUAGAAUUAUCCCAUGCAGCUAAUAUCCCACGUCCUUAUUUUAUAUAAUCUAUUUCUACUUGGGCUUUUCCCCACUAGCCAUUCACUCACUCCUGUGCAAGCUUAAUGUCCCAUUCGAGGAUAGCUAGCACAUACUCACCUAUCUUAAUGUGACCAUUAAGAGACCAUUCACACGUCUAUCAAUCUGGGUGUCCAUUAUAUAUCUAGUGAAUCUAAUACAAGUACAACAUUUGAAGACGUUGCAAGUUUCUUUAAGUAUUUCUUUAUUCAGCACUAUUUAAGUUAUGGAUGACAAACCCAAUACUAAUCAAUUCAAAAUUCCCCCAAUGAAAUUCAAAGGAACUGACUGCAACAUGAUUUAAUGUAGCUAAAUCCUACAGCAACUGACAACAUAUACAUUAGAAACAGGGGGGUCCCUAAGCAAUGGACAACAUCAUCAGCACAUUGAUUCAAUCGAAGUAGAUGUUCCAGUGAAUCCUAGAAUCCUCUGGGUGACAAAUCAUCCGAUCUGGAAAAUAAAUGAAAUCCCUUUAAUCCAUGGGAAUAUCAUCUCCCAACGUGUCUGAGGUCAAUAGCAGUGCUCAGAGGGCUCAUAAACGACAGUGCCUCUGCAGUAAAGAGACACUGUUUUGAUUAGAAUCCUUGUUAAUCAAAUGCAUCACUGCAAGUCUGUGUCUUUUUACAGUUCGGCCUGGUUGAUGACAUAUUCAGGAAAGCGUAUUAAGCAUCAGAUUUUUUAUAAUCUAUUUUUCUGAAUGUUUUCUAACUUUCACUUCAACACAGACAGGUAGCCUUUUGCUGCAGACCGGUAAUUGAAAUUGAAAACUUAGUUACGGUACUGCAAUAAUAAUAAUAAUAAUAAUAAUAAUAAUAAUAAUAAUAAUAAUAAUAAUAAUAAUAAUAAUAAUAAUAAUAAUAAUGACAGGGUGAAUGUUUUAAGGUUUAGACCCAGCAAACAGAUUAUUAGUUAAUAAUACAUUCUCAAUAUAAAUUGGAAUGCUUGCUUGUAUAGAGAUUUUAGAAGAUUAACUUAUUAUACAGUACAGUACAGUAUAUAUAUAUAUAUUUACAAACUGAGGACUAGGAUAUGGAAAUUGUAUGUUUAAAAUGUAUUUUGUGCAUGUGUGUUCCAGGUCAUCUUUUGUUGGUAGUAUCUCUAAUACACUGUAAUUACAAUUAUUAAUUAGUUAUUGCUUGUGAGGUUACAUGGUUAUUACACUGUAAAUACACAACCAUAUGUGUAUAUAUUGUGCAAUUACAACAGACGCCAGUAACUGACUUUUUGUUUUUACACAAUUACAACAAGAAAAGCCUGAAUUGUUUUAAAUUUGCAUGAGUUUAGACAUGAUCCCCUUUGCAAUACAGAAAAUUGGAUAAUACUUUGCUUUGCCUGAAAUAGACUAUGUAACAUGCACAUUUUAAUUAGAGUUGCAGAAGUGACGAGGCAUUUUACUUGUUUUCUGUUUGAAAUGAUCACAGUCUGUUUUAAACCCUAUCACAUGUCUAUUGAAAGAGACUAAACAAAUCAAAAGCCUCUUGAAUUAUUAAAGCAGGAAAACAUGAUGGCGAUUCUGUGGACUCGACAGUAACACUACAACAAUACAAUAAUACCAUUUAAAAAAGGAUGUUUUCAAUUUAGACGUCAAAUAAGAAUCCAAAAAGAACAGGGUAGUAAGCUAUGUUGUUUGAGGCAUGAUAUUACUUGAUUCCGAUGAUGCAUGCAGUUUGCAGCACCUUAAAAAGUACUGUAUUGUUACUGCUGUUGAGAACAGACUGUCAAUCCUUCAGUACACUGUAGUAGCUGGCAUCUUUCUUGUAUAUAUAUAUAUAUAUAUAUAUAUAUAUAUAUAUAUAUAAAAACUACGGCUUGAUAUUUUACACUUUUCACUGCAGCCAUCGGUCAUUCAAAGCCAACGGUUUACUCACAAAAUGAACUGCGAAUGUACAUCCCUUCCAGCUGCUGUAUUAUGUAGACAAUGUGCUAGUGUUUGCAGUUCUUUUGCUGAGAAUUUGAAUGUAUUGUUGUAGGCAUUACCAACUUACAGACCUACCAGAUUGGGUAUAGACCGUAUAGUCUGUGAAACCUGGUAACACAAACUGUACCCCAACAACAGGAACUGUCGCGCCCAGACCAAAUUCAUGGAUUGCUGAAAUGACUUUUCUCAAAUGAGGCGCUGUCAUUCCUAUUGAAAAGUUAAAAGAGUUUAAAAUGACCCGAGUCUUUCUGAUUUCUAAUAAGGUUUAGUCAAAGCCGCAUGGUUUGUGCUCCCCAGUUUCUGUCCUCUGUGUGUUUUAUAUCAUUUGGUAGGCCUGGACUGGUUUGAUACUCAGAGUUGAUGCUGUGCCUUGUGUCCAACUGGUGAAAGGACUGGAUUGUUUUGUGUUUGUCUGGUUGUUUUUUUUUUCUUUCAGAAAUAAUAAAAAGGGUU